AUGGAUCAAAUCAUGUUGAGCUUCCUUUUCCUUCUGCCCCUGUGUUUGGGUUUGGGUUUACGAGAAGUUACAGGUAAAGGUGGUCUUCUUUAUGCAUUUUUUAUACAUAGCAAGCAAACUGAAGAGUGUAUCAUACAAGGCAGUUUUUUACAGUGUCUUCAAAAGUUACGUAGAUUUAACUGGCUAUGUAAUCUGUAUUAAAGCUCCUGUAAGGAGUUUUUUAGAUGGUUGUGGGAUUGACUCGGAUCUACAGUAAUAUCUUUUAUAAUCUUGAAAAACCCAAAAACCACAACAAGGGGUUGGGUGUGGUACGCAGCAGUUUACAGCUGGUGAAGAAAACCCUUCACAGAGAGCAGGUAUUCACUGAGAGAAAUGUAUUUAAGUGUUUAAAGAGAGAAAAGGUGAGAUUUUGACAAAAACAAGACAACUUAAUCUUGUCUAGGACAGAGAGUCAGAGUUACCCAAGAAAAAUAAUGUCAGAAUUUUUUACAAUGCUGAUUUAUUUCUCAGGAAAAUGAAAAUUCUGAUUCUGAGACCUGGUUCAGAAUUUUCCAAAAUUAAAAUCAAAUUUCCAGUUUACAGUCAGAUUUUUAAGUUUCAUGUCAAAAUUUGACUUUUUUUGUCUAGAAUUCUGACUUUUACUCAGAAUUCUGUAAAAAAAAAAAAAAAUUGAGUUAAAAGUCGGUAAUCUCCGGAAUGUAAUUCAGAGUUUUAAUUUUCCAACAUAAAAAUCAGAUUACCAAUUUUAAAGUCAAAAUAAAAUAGUCAGAGAUUAGAGGAAACUGUUGAAUUAAGAAAUUGGACCAAUUUUUUAAACUGGAAUUCUAAUCUUAAAGAGUCUGACCUUAAUGUAUAAAUUCUUAAUAAACAUUUUUUUUUGUUUGUUUUUUUUUUUGUUUUUUGUCAGGAUUCCCUGAGACUUAAAUCAGAAUUCUACAAUCAAAGUAAAAAAUUUCUAAGAUUAAAAUCUGAAUUCCUUAUUUAACAUCAGAAUGUUCAGAGAUUAAAGCAAGAAUUCAGAAAAUUUGGUCAAAGUCAAAAUAGUCAGAGAUUAGAGGAAACCGUUUGAGAUUGUGUCAAGAAAUCGGACCAUUUUUUAACUGGAAUUCUGAACUUGAAUAGUCGAGCCUUAAAGUAUGAAUUCUUAAUUAUUUUUUUUCCAAAGUCAGAAUUCCAUGAGACUUAAGUCAGAAUUCUACGAUCAAAGUAAAAAAUUUCUAAGAUUAAAACCAGAAUUCCAAUUUUAACUUAAUAAUGUUUAGAGAUUGAAGUCAGGAUUCAGAAAAUUUGGUCAAAUUCAAAAUAGUCAGAGAUUACAGUAAACUGAGAUUGAGUUAGGAAAUCAGACCAAUUAUUAGCUGGGAUUCUAAUCUUGAAGAGUUGGACCUUAAAGUAUGAAUUCUUUUUUUUAAAGUCUGACUUCCAUGAGACUUAAAUCAGAAUUCUAAGAUCAAAGAGGAAAAAAACUUCAAAGUUUAAAAUAAGAAUUAAAAUUUUAACGUCAGAAUGUUGAGAGAUUUAAGUAAAAUUUGGUCAAAUUCAAAAUCUUAAAAAAAUGUCAGAAUUCUUAUGAGUCUUAAACUAGAGUUUUUUAAAGCUUAAAAUCAGAAUUUAAAUAUUAAGUCAGAAAUUUCACUUUUUUUCUGGAAUUCUGCCUUCAUUAGAAAUCUGAAAAAAAGAAGUCAUAUUUUGAGUUAAAUGUUAGAUUUAGGAAAGAAUUCAGAUUUAUUUUUCUUGAAAUUUCUACUUUUAUCUUCUCUGAGAUAAAAGUCAGAAUUUUUUUUUUUUAAAGAAAUCUGAGAUAAAAGUCAGAAUUCAGUUUGUAAUCAUAGAAUUAAGAGAAAGACAUUAAACAUUAAAAAGAUUCUGACUCUUAUUUCGACGAGUUGACCCUCACCCUCAUGUUCCAGGUCAAAGCUGGUUGCUGUUGUAGUUUGUAGUUUUCAUUCAGGGCAGGUAAAGUUAUUAACGCUGAACUGUGAGUCAUUCAAAAAUCUCAUAUUUUUUACAGUGACCACUGAGGACGCCGUUGUGGGGAAACCAUAUGUGACUCCAGUAUGCCCCACAGACCCUAACCAUGCUCCUAUGACGAUAGUCUGCCUGAUCAACACAAAGAGGACAAAGGGGGACACAUGUCGUCUGGUGUAUCACCAUGAACGUCCAUUAACGAACAGCUGCGGCUCAAGGUUCAGAUUUUUGUCCGAGUUCCUCUUUCUGACAAGAUUAACCCCAGAGGACAGUGGGAACUACACCUGCGAGUGCACACGCACUGAUGGGCUCUUUCUCUACCAUCUGAGAAUCAGGGUCACAGGUAAACAUGGUCCUCGUUUUAACUUUUGUGUAAAAUAAGUUAUCAGUCUCAUAUGUGGUCUCAGGGGGUUAUUAACAGCAGAAGCGUGUUUCAGAUAACAACUCUCUCUCUCUCUCUCUUUCCUUUAAGAUCGUUUCAAGGUUGACGGCAGCUUAUUUCCAACUCUUGGGGUUGGCGUGACUGUGAUCAGCUUUGUAGGCGGAGUUUUGAUGGGAUUGAUCUGCAAGGGGAAAUGUAACGGGUAAGUGAUUUAACAAGUGAUUUUAUUUAAAUAUUUUGGCACUUAAAGAUGGCAGUUCUGAUUCUUUUACUUGAAUUCUUGUUUUAAAGAGUUUCUUCAAGACCAGCAAAUCCUGAAACUCCAGGAUGUAAAAAUCCCCAAACUUUGGGGAUUGAUGAAUUCUUAUUUCGCUCAGAUGACCAUGAGAACCCGUACACAGGCCUCCAGCAACCAGCAAGCGAUCUCUACCAAACAAUCCCCUCAGUGCGCUUUCAACAGGACACAGAAAAUAUUGAAAUGUGA